AGUCUUAACGCUGGCACCCUACCACUAAGCUACACUCCCAACUCCCAAGAUGGAACCUGUAAAAACUACUUCUAAAGAAUUUCAAAACUUUUGGCAGACCCAGAUUCUCUGGCCUCGCUGUCUCGGAGGGAAGCCCGAACUAGUGUGGAGUGGACCCGAACUAGUGUGGAGUGGAGAGACACUCCAUCCCGUUCCACUGCAAGAACACUGGGAACAUCUUUCGCAGCGAACUGUUGGCUCAGUGAAGGCUCUGAGGGAGGCAACUGCUCCAGUUCGUUUAUCACAUGAUCUCCCACUGUGUGCCUAUCAACUCCCAGUCCCCACCCCAAGUUGGACCUUGAGAAGAGAUGGGGCAUGUGACAGCAAUGUGACAGCAAUAUGACAACAAGCAGCAUUUCACUGAAGAAAACAAAUGGGAAUGUGAAUGCCUGUGACCAACUUUCACACAGUGACUGGAACAGCUAUUAUAGGUGGCUAGGGAAAGAAUAUAACUUGUCAGUGAGGUAGGGAGAUCCAUACAACACUUGCUUCCCAUCUAUCUUCUGCAGAUAUGAGUAUUAAUCACCACCAUCCUACAAAUGCAUUUUUUUAAAUCCUGUUGCCUUAAAAAUUCUGACAGACUUGUGGAAUCUGGUGUGUUUCUGCAUUAAGGUACAGAGCUUCAGGGCAAGAAACUAUAGGAGUGCCCAUGAGUCAAGGUAAACAAGCAGAUCAGUCACCAGUGGCUCUGCGACGAUUGUGGACUGCAGCAUUCCAGCUGCAUUUCCUCAGAGAAUCCUUGGGUAGAAGAUUAUAGCAAGAACUUAAGCUAGAAGGCUGCUGGAGAAACACCCACACUUUGAGUAAAACACCUAGUAUGGUUUAUUGCUUUACAGGAUUAAAGGGAAAACUGUAAAUUGUUAAUUUCUCAACCUUAAACGAAGAAAAUCAACACUCACAGAAAAUGGGGAAGGGCAUAAGUCUGUGCGUGGGCUUAUAUUCUGGCAUUUUAUCUGUAGAAAGAAUGCUUUCUUAGAAAAUGACUCAGCGGGGAAGUCUUGUCUCUACACCUGUUGGGCUGUGUACUUUGGGGUCUCUUUGUGAGUACUCUCUAUCCUUCACUCUUAAGUUUAACUCUGUGAUCCUGAGUCUCCUCUGCCUCAAAGAAUAGGAGACUCUAAAGAUAUUCUUCUUGGGCAAUCUCUUUGUUCUGUCUCCACCAGCAUGGGCAUGUCUCUUUCCUGUAGGCCUGCUCUUACUGUUUGACUAUUCCUAUAGUGCUUUAAGUAUACUGUCCCUUUACUUCCAAGCAGGCCGAAUGACAGCCUGUCUGCUCAGCCCAGCCCCGUCUAGUCUCAGUGACCCUAGUAAUGGUGAGAAAAGUUCUUUCAGAGCUGGUCUCCAGAUAGUAAUGUCAGAGGUCCCAAGCAAAUGAGGGGCGGGGACAGUUGGGGGGGGGGGUGGAAUAAGGACAGCAGCAGGGAACCAGAUACCAUGCUGCUGAGAAGAAAAAAAACGACAUUGGUUUUAAGCCAGGAAACAAAAAAAGGGAACUGAGUGGCUGUGAAAGGGUGGGGUUUGUUCAGACUGUCCUUCCUCUCUGGACUGUAAGAAUAUGUGUCCAGGGCCAGUGUCUUCAGAGACCGAGUCCAGCCUUCCAAGUUCUGGCAUCUCAAUGCAUCUGGGAAGCUAUCUGCAUUAAAUCAGGACUGAGCACACAAGUGAGCUCCAGAAAGAAGAAGCAAUGGCUGCAGUGAUACUGGAAAGCAUCUUUCUGAAACGCUCCCAGCAAAAAAAGAAAACAUCACCUUUAAACUUUAAGAAGCGUCUCUUUCUUUUGACCAUGCACAAGCUUUCCUACUAUGAGUAUGACUUUGAACGUGGGAGAAGAGGCAGUAAGAAGGGUUCAAUCGAUGUUGAGAAGAUUACCUGUGUUGAAACAGUAGUUCCUGAAAAAAAUCCUCCUCCUGAAAGACAGAUUCCGAGAAGAGGUGAAGAGUCCAGUGAAAUGGAGCAGAUUUCAAUCAUUGAGAGAUUCCCUUACCCCUUCCAGGUUGUAUAUGAUGAAGGGCCUCUCUAUGUUUUCUCCCCAACUGAAGAACUGAGAAAGCGUUGGAUUCACCAGCUCAAAAAUGUAAUCCGGUACAACAGUGACCUGGUACAGAAAUACCACCCUUGCUUCUGGAUUGAUGGGCAGUAUCUCUGCUGCUCUCAAACAGCCAAAAAUGCUUUGGGGUGCCAAAUUUUGGAGAACAGGAAUGGAAGCUUAAAACCUGGGAGUUCUCACAGGAAGACAAAAAAACCUCUUCCCCCUACACCAGAGGAGGACCAGAUCUUGAAAAAGCCACUGCCCCCUGAGCCAACAGCAGCACCAGUCUCUGCAAGUGAGCUGAAAAAGGUUGUAGCCCUUUAUGAUUACAUGCCAAUGAAUGCAAAUGACCUACAGCUGCGGAAGGGUGAUGAGUAUUUCAUCCUAGAGGAGAGCAACCUACCAUGGUGGAGAGCACGGGAUAAAAAUGGGCAGGAAGGCUACAUUCCUAGUAACUAUGUUACUGAAGCAGAAGACUCCAUAGAAAUGUAUGAGUGGUAUUCCAAACACAUGACUCGAAGUCAAGCUGAGCAACUACUAAAGCAAGAGGGUAAAGAAGGAGGUUUCAUUGUCAGAGACUCCAGCAAAGCUGGAAAAUAUACUGUUUCUGUGUUUGCUAAAUCUACCGGGGAUCCUCAAGGGGUGAUUCGCCAUUAUGUUGUGUGUUCAACACCUCAGAGCCAGUAUUACCUGGCUGAGAAACACCUUUUCAGCACCAUUCCUGAGCUCAUUAAUUAUCAUCAGCAUAACUCUGCAGGACUCAUAUCCAGGUUGAAAUAUCCAGUGUCUCAACAAAACAAGAAUGCACCUUCCACUGCAGGCUUGGGCUAUGGAUCAUGGGAAAUCGAUCCAAAGGACCUGACCUUCUUGAAGGAACUUGGGACUGGACAAUUCGGGGUAGUGAAAUAUGGUAAAUGGAGAGGCCAGUAUGAUGUGGCCAUCAAGAUGAUCAGAGAAGGCUCCAUGUCUGAGGAUGAGUUCAUUGAAGAAGCCAAAGUCAUGAUGAAUCUUUCCCAUGAGAAGCUGGUGCAGUUGUAUGGUGUCUGCACCAAACAGCGUCCCAUCUUCAUCAUCACUGAGUACAUGGCCAAUGGCUGCCUCUUGAACUACCUGAGGGAGAUGCGCCACCGCUUCCAGACUCAGCAGCUGCUGGAGAUGUGCAAGGAUGUCUGCGAGGCCAUGGAAUACCUGGAGUCAAAGCAGUUCCUUCACCGAGACCUGGCGGCUCGAAACUGUUUGGUAAAUGAUCAAGGAGUUGUAAAAGUAUCUGAUUUUGGCCUGUCUAGAUAUGUCUUGGAUGAUGAAUACACCAGCUCAGUAGGCUCCAAGUUUCCAGUCCGGUGGUCUCCACCAGAGGUCCUUAUGUAUAGCAAGUUCAGCAGCAAAUCUGAUAUUUGGGCUUUUGGGGUUUUAAUGUGGGAAAUUUACUCCCUGGGGAAGAUGCCAUAUGAGAGAUUUACUAAUAGUGAGACUGCUGAACACAUUGCCCAAGGCCUGCGUCUCUAUCGGCCUCAUCUGGCUUCAGAGAGAGUAUAUACCAUCAUGUACAGCUGCUGGCAUGAGAAAGCAGAUGAACGUCCUACUUUCAAAAUUCUCCUGAGCAACAUUCUAGAUGUCAUGGAUGAAGAAUCCUGAGCUGGCCCAUGACCUUCUUAGUUUUCUACUCCUCACCUCUACAAGCCCCAAUUUCACUUUCUCUGAAGAAAUCCCAGGCUUACAGGUUUUGGAGUCUUUCUGCUUCCCCUGAAUACAUGAAAGCCCCUCAGGAAUGUCUCUUUUCUUUGAUUCUCUGGGAUAGUGUUUCUGAGCAAAAGCAAAGGAAUUUCUGGGCCUGGUAUUUCCCCUCCCUCCCCCAAGACAGGAAAUUUCCCAAAGCUAUUAAGACAGACUGAAUUUGGAAGAGAAUCCUUUCUAGGGAGGGAGGGGUGUAAAUAACCUCAUAAGGGAUCCUACUGCUUUUUUGGCAGGCAUUAGAGCUUGGGCGGUGGGACAGGAUUUGUUAAGAAUAAAACUGUCACUGGGCAUAGUGAUGCAUGGCUGUAAUCCCAGCACUCGGAAGCCUCAGGCAGGAGGAUCAUGGUGAGUUCGAGGCCAGCCUGGACUACAUAGUAAGUUCAAGACCAGCCUGAACUAAAUAGCAAGAUUCUGUCUCAAAACACAAAACACAAAAGAAUAAAACUGUCAUUAAAAUAAAAGGGGACUAUUUUGAUAAAAUAAAAUCCAGAAAAGAGUAAAAAGUCUCAUAUCUCAAUCAUGCAGUCUACCUGAAGCGCCCUACCUGAAGUUGCAGAAAACUUGUGUGGCACUGGUUUGGCAUACUCCUACUCCGAGAAUGCAACAGGAUCUUCGACAUUUAACCCCUGUGGCUCUAGUUGAAUACUGCCUCUGAAUCCAAGAUGAAUUCACAAGGCAAAGCACAGCGAUUGGUACACAGUAGUGAAGUAUUAUUUGAAUGAAUUUAAAGUUGGGGACAAAUUCUGCCAGAGCCUCAUUUCCCUGUCAAGAGAGGAAAACACCGAAGAUGGAGUCAAGGGCCUAGAAAGGCCAAUUACCAGGCUGAGCGAUCCCG